UAUCUAUAGUGACAAAUGUGUAUUCAUUUUCUCAUGUGUGAUAUAUACAUAUUAUAUAUAAACAGGAAUCUAUACAUAUAUAAACAGAGACCACUUUCACUAGUGCUAAGUGCCAACUUACAAAAUCUAAACAUAGACUCAAAUUUCUUUAAUUAGUGCAAAAGAACAACAAUUUGUCACUAAAACAAAAUUUUAAUACAAAUACCAAAUCGCCUGAUUUUUCCACAACAAUAAUACCAAAAAAAAAAAAUACUCAGUCUAAUACAAAAAGAGAAGAUUAACGGAAUCUCGAACAAUAGCACUUCGUGGACAACUACAAACGCAUGUACAUAUUUGAAAUUUCAGUAUAAAGAGCUAACUCGAAGCCUAAUGAAAAGGACAAGAAGCUCACAUGACCCGAACCAUAUCACUCAUGGGCCCCUACGCAAUACACGGUACUAAUCUCUCUCUCUCUCUCUCUCUCUCUCUCUCUCUCUCUCUCUCUCUAAGCCUUAAAACUCUGUUAAGAACUAUUCUCAAGCCACCAUUUUUCCUCCAUCCUCUAAAGAGAUAGAAAGAGAGAUCCUCUAGUUUGGUAAGAACGCAAUUUGAGUUCCAAGUCCCGAUUGGCUUUAAUUUUUCUAUUUCAUUGGUUUCAUUUGAGAGUCAUCAACGAGAAGAUAAUUUAUAUUCCUCUAAUUUGGUUUCGAUUAGAGGAAUAUAAAUUAUCAAGUUUGGUUUCGAUUCUAGGGUUUUCAUAUUCCUCUAAUUUUUUUUUGGUCAAAGAAGAAAAGGAAAGAACCAACCGAACCAAGAAGAGAAAAGAAAAUUUCAAGUUCAGCAUCUCUCUCUCUUAUAUUAUAAGAUCUCGAGUUGACCUAUCAGCAGCAAUGACUAUGAACAACAACAUCAACAAUUCAUCAGUUCAACUAGAGCAACAAGAGAGAUGUUUAACCUUCAUGAAGAUUCACUAAGACCCAUCUCAAGAAAGGAAGAAAGAGUAAUCUUGAUGAAGAAACACUAAUUAAGACCCAACUCAAAAAUCUCAAGACAAGAGUAGGAAGAGUUUGGCAAGAACAACAACAAAGAAGGUUCAAUUUUGAUUCAAGAAACCAUCUUAUAAAUCAAGGUUUCUCCAUCUCAUGGAUCUAUCCUUAGCUCCGGCAACAAACUCCGACCAAGAACAAGACAGAGACCAAGAAUUAAACUCCAACAUCGGAGCAAGCAGUAGCUCCGGAACCGGAAACGACAGCAACUUCCCGAUGAUGAUGACGAUACCGCAGCCGGAGAAAGAGCACAUGUUCGACAAAGUGGUAACACCAAGCGACGUCGGAAAACUCAACCGACUAGUAAUACCUAAACAACACGCGGAGAGGUAUUUUCCACUAGACUCAUCAAACAACCAAAACGGCACGCUGUUGAAUUUCCAAGACAGAAACGGCAAGAUGUGGAGAUUCCGUUACUCGUACUGGAACUCUAGCCAGAGCUACGUGAUAACCAAAGGAUGGAGCCGUUUCGUCAAAGAGAAAAAGCUCGACGCUGGAGACAUCGUCUCUUUCCAGCGAGGGAUCGGAGAUGAGUCCAAAAGAUUGAAACUAUACAUCGAUUGGAGGCAUAGACCCAACAUGAUGAGCGUCGCUCAAACACAUAAUCAGUUUGGUAACUUCGGUUUUAACUUCAAUUUUCCGACCACUUCUCAAUGUUUCAACAGAUUCCAUCCAUUGCCGGAAUAUAAUACCGUUCCCAUUCACCGGAGCUUGAACCACCAACGUUCGUAUUAUUAUAACAAUCAUGGUCAAGAGUUUGUAGGGUAUGUUUAUGGGAAUUUAGCUGGAAGGUGUUACUACACGGGCGGCUCACCGUUUGACCAAAGAAGCAUUGUUGGAUCAGAGCCGUUGGUUAUUGAGUCAGUCCCUGUAGUUCCCGGGAGAUUAACUCCGGUGAUAUUGCCUCCACUUCCUCCUCCUUCUAUGGCGGGUAAGAGACUAAGGCUCUUUGGGGUGAAUAUGGAAUGUGGUAAUAAUGACAAUAAUCAACAAGAAGAGUCUUGGGUGUUGCCACGUGGCGAAAUGGGUGCUUCUUCUUCUUCUUCAGCUCUGCGACUCAAUUUAUCUAGUGAUCAUGAUGAUGAGGAUGAUAAUGGUGAUGGUGAUGGUGACGGUGGUGAUCAGUUUGCUAAAAAAGGGAAGUCUUCUCGCUUUCUCUAGACUUUAAUCCAUGAAGAGUCUCAUCAUCCUCUUCUUUUUAAUAUCUCUUUAUUUUAUUUCAUUAGUUGAUCUUCCAAAAGGAAUUAGAUCCCAGCUAGUGAAUGGGAAGAAAAUACGAUCUUCAUUGUUUGUUUGUUUUUUGGUUAUGAGUUUUGUUUUCUACAUGUUUCUUGAUGUUCAUCACUA